AUGAAUAGGGAUGUUGAGUGGCGAACCCUAGCUUUUCAGGAGGCGAUGGAAUUCCUCUGUCGGUUGCGGCAUCAACUGGAGAGUAGGAUAAGCUUAAAAACGAGGUCUCAAGAGGACGCAUGUAACUCCCCAGUAAAGCAAACUGACGCCGAGUUGGCCGAGUUGGCUCUAUCUGAUGACGCCGAUGAAGCUGCUUCUUUAUUUUCUUUUGUGAAAUGCGACGAUGGGAUGAAUUCUUCCACAGCAGAAGAGUUGGAUGUGUGCAAUGAUUUUUUUGAGUUUACCGACCAGGAGAGCACCGUUACUCUUACACACAGAUACGAAUCCUUAGGGAAAGGGGCACGCUCGAAUGUGUACCGUGGCACCCUGUCUGUAACAACAAUGGACGGUGUAAAGAAAUACGAUGUGGCUGUGAAAAUGAGUCGUUUGUGCGUAGGCAGUCUCCACGAGAUUGAUCGUUGGAUGCGUGUGGUCCAGCUGUGGCGAAAUUUGAAGCAUCCACUUUUUCAUUGUUGCUACUACGUGGGAUUUUCACCAAUCGAUGGUGAGGAAUUAGUUAUCAACAUGUACAGUGCCCAUGAACUGGCGUUGGGUGGGACCUUGGACGCAUCUCUGAAGAAGGAAGAGCGGUUUACCGAGGAUGUGGUUCGAACCAUUCUUUUUGACCUGCUUCAUUUUUUGUGCUAUCUUCAUGAUGAGAUUGGGGUGGUUCACAAUGAUAUUAAACCACAAAAUAUUCUUCUUGUUAUUGACAAUGCAACGCAGCAAUUAAGAUACAAUUUGUCAGAUUUUGACUGUGUUUACCCCAUAACUCCUUCUAGAGGAGGAAUAUUAGUAAAUGGAAUGGCAACAUUGGAUGGAACUGAGCAUGAUUCUGAUGUGCUCAUUUACGGUACACCGCCGUAUAUAUCACCUGAGAGCUGUCGUGGAUUGCCGUUUUUGCCUAGUAACGAUGUGUGGUCACUGGGCAUUCUCACAUAUCAGCUUUCAACAGGAAGAUUGCCAUGGAACCCAUUGGAAUUGUCUGUGCCCUCUAUGAUUUUAAAUGGCUACCGGCGGAACGUUUCAAAUGGCUUUGGGCCAACGCUGGAUGAGUUCGAAGAGGGCUUUUGUCAUAUUUACUCAGACGAACUAAAGAAUUUUGUGAAAAUUUGCCUUGCCGAGGAGGCCAGUAAGCGGCCGACUGCCUCUGAGCUUCUUCGACAUCCUUUUUUACUUUUUCCAGAAGGGUGCACUCGAUAA